AUGUUUGGUCCAUUUAGAGCAUCUUUUGUGCCUCAAGGAGGUUUGUUAUGGAAAAUUCCAUGGAGAAUGUCAUCGAGACAAAAGUACCGUCAACGUAAAAGACUCCAAGAAGUUGACCAUACUAUCGAACUUUUGACCAAAUCUUUGGCUGAAACCAACCAAACAUGCAAAGCCAUUGAAAAAUUGAACGACCCUGCGGUGUUCCCUAAGGAAAGUGAAAUGGCUGCAAAGGACAAAUACACCAUCUUCAGCAGACACUCGAAAGGUUAUAGAAAAGGGCUCCAUAAGGUUCCAAAAUGGACCAAGGUUUCCCAUAGAGUCAACCCAGAAAACUUCUAG